AUGUCCUGGCUUUGCCGGCUCCCAAAGCGGCCCUAUGAGGUCAGUGAGAUAGGCCUCCAAGGUGUGCCGUCCGAACCUGCAGCCGAGCAAGUCGAUCGAGCUGUCGAGCGGCCACGUCGACGUUUGAAGCGGCUGGCCGAGGAGAGGUCAGAGUCGCAGCUCUUUUGGGAUGUCCCAGAGGGCGAAAGGCCACACGUAAAUGCCGGCAACAUCGACCUUUCCGAUGGGGCCCCACCUCCGAGCCUGCCCCGUGGCGGCGCUCCCUUCCGGUUUCAGUGGCGCGUGGGGCCCACUGUAGCAAAGGCCCCGGAGCCCUCCCUGGAGCCGGUUCCUGUGCCUUCAGACUCAGCGAGCGCACGCGGAUCCGGCGGAGCAGGAGGCGGACCCAAGGAGGGAUCGAGCAGGGACGGAGAUGGCCUGGAGACAGAGGCUGCAGAGCCCCUGUCCUCGCGGCCUCUUAGGGAAGCGCCGCUGGAAACUUGGCCGGGAGAUCUCGAGAGCUGCAGUAGCCCAGCCCGUCGCCGUGCUCUGCCUCGAAGCUUUGCGUCGAACCCUUCCGCGUCAUCUGCCAUGCUUCCAGUGCUGGAGAUCCCCGAGAGCCACAGGCCGGACGAAGCAGCGGUGCUCAUCGACGAAGGGACGGAAGAGGAGGAGACUUGGGCAAGGCCCCGAACUCCCGGCGGUCGCAGUCGCCGGCGCUCCACCGGGGGAGAGGACAUGCAGAUUGCUCGGCUCCUCCAGUUGGAGGAAGCGGCGGAGGCCGGGGUGCUGCCAGCGGAGCUUCUCGGGGCGCUGCCCAGGCCGUGCGUUGCGGGACAUUGGCGUGAGUCGCCAAUGGACCGUACGCUUAUCGCCGCUGUCUCACAAGGGGGUGCGCUGGCGACAGCAGUGGCUGAAUCAGUCGACCGGCAGAGCGCCAGGAUCCGCGGUGCACGCCGGUUCGCUGUUACAAGAGCUGCUUGCACCAUGAUCUGCCGCGGAUGUCACUCUGACAUACUGCCUGGAUGCCUGAUGAUCGUCUGCAAAAGAGAUCCGUUGGGUCAUCGAACUCAUCCUGCACAUCUAGCGUGUCUGCCGCUGAUUCGGGGGCUGACCAGGCAGUCUGCAGGUCCUGGUCACGACGACGUGCAGUUCGAUGCUGGUCUGGAUGCUGCUGCCAGGUCAGCAGCCAUCUCGGCAGUGGAGCAGCUCCCGGGGCCUGCCGGCGCUUUUCCCCCAGAUCUAGAUCUGCAAGCACUCUCCGCGGAAGCCUUCCCGGAGGACCCAGUGCCGGCCGAAGCAUCGGGCCCCGUUCGACGAGGUGGAGCUGCGAGGGGCGAAACCUCCCGACGGCGCCUCCAAAGCCAGCUCCAGGCGCGGCUGCAGAACGGCGGCGACUUCACGGCCGAGGACUAUGAGCUCCUACUCCAAUUGGACGAGAGCUCCAGCAGCGGUGCGGCAAGGGCAGAGGAGAAGUGUCUCCAGCAAAGUCUCGUCGCAGCGCUUCCUCUGUCGAAAGUGGCUGCGGGCAGCACCAUUGCUCAGUGCAUGAUCUGCCUCGAAAACAUGGAGGUCGGAGCCAAGAUACGAACUCUCCCUUGCAUGCAUGUUUUUCACCGCAAAUGCAUAGAUCGAUGGCUGUGCGAGCCCGGGCGCAAACCUCGGUGCCCGAUCGAUCAGGUCGAAGUGCGGCUGGCCGCGGGCUGA